UGCGGCAGGAGCAUGCGCGUGCGCGGCGGGGGCGUUUCCCGCGCCCCGGGCCGGUGCACCUCGUCGGGCAGCUGCUGCUGCGGGGGCGCUGGGAGAUGGUGGGAAUCUAGAAUCGGACAGUGGCCUUACCUCAAGGGGCUAUAUCUGGGAACAGUCUGCCUUUCGACGAGUCGAUUCCAGAACAUUCUGAGGAACUGGCACAUGCUGUUGCUACUGGGCAGAGGGUGAGAUAAGAACACACCGGGGACUGUCUUGGACUCAGCCUUGAAGAAACUUUAGCAAGAUUGUCUCGUUUAGUAGGAAAAGCCACAUGCACGGAGGAGCAGUCUUCGCUGGGACUAGAGGAGAGAGCCAGUGUGCGCAAAGCAGAUGCAGUUUGCUCUCACCCACCAGAGUGCCGCAAGCCUGUUCCCGGCUCCAGCCGGCAGUUUCCAGCAAGAAUACGCUGUCUGAGCCGGGAGGACGUUGGUAGAGAGUUUUCUCAGAGUCCACUUAAGUUUGAGACGGUGGCUGGAGGCCUGCAAGCCUCCUCUUGGCCUUUACGGUGACUGCUUUUAGAAAACGCUGCCAAGGAGCUCUGAAGUGGAGAUGAGACAGCUUAACAGGAAGAGAAAGCUCAGCAUGGAGUCCACAGGGCACAUGAAUCGGGACGGACGCACGGGGCAAACUGAAGAAGAAAAGAAGCCAGGAGAAGGUGCCGUGCCUUCAAGCCAAGAAUCUUCUGUGACCACACAGGAAACCUGGUCCUGGGAGCAGUACUUGAGAGAGGAGAAUGCUGUGGCCGCACCAGUGGAACUGUUUUCCAAGGACCAGUCCUUUCCAGAGCAUGAAAAUGGCUUUCAGGUUGGAAUGAGAUUGGAAGGCAUUGAUGCCCGACGUCCAUCUGUGUUCUGUGUGCUUUCUGUAGCUGAGGUGUGUGGUUACCGGCUGAGACUGCAUUUUGAUGGUUAUUUAAGCUGCUAUGAUUUUUGGACCAAUGCUGGUUCCCCGGACAUUCACCCAGUGGGAUGGUGUCAAAAGACCAAGCAUGAACUGCAUGUCCCUCGAGAUUAUAGAAAAGAUAAAUUUGUUUGGAUGGAUUACUUGAAGGCCUGUAGAUUGCAAAAUGCUCCUAAGAAAUUAUUCAGGAACAGAAGUUCUAAUGGUCCAGUGCCAAAGGAGUUUCAGGUUGGAAUGAAGUUGGAGGCUGUGGACAGGAGAAACCCUUGCUUGAUGUACGUCGCGACUGUCGCAGACAUUGUGGACGACCGGGUACGGGUGCAUUUUGACAGCUGUGACGACAGCUUUGAUUACUGGUGUGAUGUUAACAGCCCUUGUAUCCAGCCAGUUGGUUGGUGUCAGGAGAACAGAAGAACUCUGGUCACGCCCCAAGGUUAUCCUGACCCAGAGAAGUUUUCCUGGACCGACUACCUUCAAGCUUCUCAAGGGAGGGCAGUCCCUGCCAAGGCCUUUAACACGAGGGCUCCACAUGGUUUUUUGCCAAACAUGAAGUUAGAAGCUGUGGACAAACGGAACCCCCAGUUAAUUCGUGUUGCUACCAUUGCAGAUGUUGAUGACUACAGAGUAAAGAUUCAUUUCGAUGGCUGGGACCAUAAGUACGACUAUUGGCUGGACGCUGACAGCCAGGACAUCCACCCCAUCGGGUGGUGCGAUGUGACAGGGCAUCCUCUGGAAGUGCCAUAUGGGUCAAAGCCUGUGAAAAUCCUUCCAGGUCAACCUGUAUGUCCUACUCCUGGGUGCCGAGGAAUCGGCCAUAUCCGUGGCCCACGUUAUGCAGGACACCACAGUGCUUUUGGAUGCCCAUACUCAGAUAUGAACUUGAAAAGAGAGGCAGCGCUUCAGGAUCGCCUGAGAGAACAAACACAGGCAAAUUUGGAACUUGAUCCUUCACAUUCCAAAUCAGAAAACCCCUGUGAUUUGAAUUUCAAUGGAAAAUGUGAAAAAACAAACAGUCAAUGCAGACUUGUACAGCAGGCAAAGUGUUUGAAAAUCAAAGGAAAAGAAGAUAUUGACUUGGAUAAUCUCUUCAGAGAGUACUCGGCCGCACAGGUGCAGCAGAUGCUUCACCACUCGCUCUCCAUGGCAUCCAUGUCUGCCCACCCUUUCCGAGAAGUCCCCGUCGGCAGGGAGCAGCACUGUAAGCUGCUUCCGGGUGUGGCUGGCAUCCAAGCCGGUCAAGUGGCCAGAUGGACGGUGGAUGAGGUGGCUGAGUUUGUACAGUCUCUUCUGGGCUGUGAAGAACAUGCCAAGUGCUUCAAGAAGGAGCAGAUAGAUGGCAAAGCCUUCCUGCUUCUGACCCAGGCAGAUAUUGUCAAAGUGAUGAGAAUCAAGCUGGGCCCAGCACUGAAGAUUUACAAUUCUAUCCUGAUGUUCAGGAAUUCCCAGGGUGUCACUGAAGAUGAUGUUGCCUCUGGCCAAGAAGCCAAGAGAUAAAUGUACUCCUGAACAUCCACUGACAGACACCAGGACUUGCGCUUUUGGGGACAUGGUUGGCAGUCAUCCAUUUGAAUUUAAUGUCCCAAUGGUCAUACCAAUAUUUAAUCAGGACCCUUUAAAGUGUCUGGUUUAGUCAUAUGGAGGACUUUGAUAAACGGCCAAGUGCCCAUGACCCAGAUGCUCAGUUAGGUCCAAGUGUGAGUUUGGGUGGUGUCCGUCCUGCUUAGUGUGCUUCAGAAAACAGAUUUAAGAAGCCAUUGUGUCCAUCUCUACUCUCCCAUCUAAAAGAAAACACUUUCCGUUCUGCAAGUGUGUCUCAAGUGGUAAAAUGCCAGAAAAUCAAUUCAUUAAUGCAUCGUUAAUGCGUUCACCAAAACUACAUCUGAGCACAGCUUGCAUCUGUCGUCUGGGUGCCUUGAGUGGAAGUGAUAGGAUCCCUGUGCUCCCAAGAAGACUCAUGAGGUUUCUGGACCCUUAACUCAGGAAAGUAUAAAUCUUUUUAAAAGUGCUAAUAAGCACAUUGUUUUCAUGAUCCACAAAUGAAUCCGCAUUUUUCUUCCUUACCAUUCCUUGGUUAUGGUUCCAAGGUGCCCUGGAGCCUACCACAAGGAGUGUGCCUAGAAGUAGCAGAGGAGUGGUUGGAAGCCAUUCCAGGAACCUGCUGAGACACCCCUGAGGACCUGAAGUCAGGGCACUUGUUCUAACACUGGCAUUGACCAAAGCCCAACCUGUGUGAAAUUCCUCCAGCUCCCACCCUGGUGAGACCUCAGGUGGACAAAUCAGGUCUAGUUUCAACUCUACAGAGGCAUGACAGCAGGACAGAAGAUCUCCAUGGAGAAUCUCAGGACCUGUUGACUGUGUUUGACAUUUAAGUUAUGGGAAGAUCAAUUCAUAAUUGCAAAUAAUUAGAACCCCAACUCUACAACUCUUUGUCCUUUUUUGUGUAGUAGCAACAACAGCUAUCCUCCUGGAAACAAAGGUCCAUCCAGCUCAUCCAUGUGGGAACCAAAAUGGAAGCCACAAGAAAGAAACAGACCUGACAAUAUCUUCCUGCUCCAUUAAGAAUGUUCUCAACUUCACAAAGUUGAUUCUGCUGAGAGAGUUUCUCUAACUUUAGGUCACUGAGAAAGAAAAAAAAAUGAAGAAAAAAAUUUAAAUGCUUAAAGGUAAGUUUGACAUGAAACAAAUAAUCACAGCUUCUACUGUCUGUGGUAUUUUGUUUAUUGGAGGUUUUUGUAGACUUCUAUAUGGAAUAAAGAAUUGCUGUUUCUACUGUUAAAGUUAUAACAUAUUUUAAAUGUUAAUAAAAUGUAAAAGUAGACUCACCCUGGAUGUGUGGUCAUAGCCUGCGCCUGCCUAAAGUCUAGGGUCAGCUACGGAAGAACAGAGGCAAUUUCCAGCAGAGAAAUAUCCAGUAUGCAUUUUCCAGCAGAGAAAUUUGCUGGUUUUGACUACUAUGUUCCUUAGGACAAGCUUUCUUAGAGAAAAAGUUAAAAUGUUAACAGUGUGAGAGACUAAGUUGUAAAGUUUUUAACUAGCACAAGUUUUAGAAUUGC